CAACUCAGUGACAACCCCGGGAUCUUCUCUUUCUCCGCCUCCCCUUCUUCUGCUCCCACUCCCUCAAACCCUCGAGCUCUCCGAACUCCGCCAAAAUCUCCGAUCAACUCCGGCGCCGGAACCGCCUUUCCGAUGGGGACACUGGGGAAGGCGAUCUACACCGUCGGGUUCUGGAUCCGCGAGACCGGCCAAGCCAUCGACCGCCUCGGAUGCCGCCUUCAGGGCAACUACUACUUCCAAGAGCAGCUUUCAAGGCACCGUACACUCAUGAAUAUAUUUGACAAAGUUCCAAAUGUGGACAAGGAGGCUUUUGUGGCUCCUAGUGCCUCAGUUAUUGGCGAUGUUCAAGUGGGUCGAGGAUCAUCCAUUUGGUAUGGAUGUGUUUUGAGAGGUGAUGUGAAUAGUAUCCGAGUUGGUUCUGGAACAAAUAUACAAGAUAAUUCUCUUGUUCAUGUAGCAAAAUCUAAUAUAAGCGGGAAGGUAUUACCAACUAUCAUUGGAGAUAAUGUCACUGUGGGGCACAGUGCAGUCUUGCAUGGAUGCACUGUUGAGGAUGAGGCCUUUGUCGGCAUGGGGGCAGUCCUGCUUGAUGGGGUGGUUGUGGAAAAGCAUGGCAUGGUUGCUGCUGGAGCACUUGUUAGGCAGAACACAAAGAUCCCAGCUGGAGAGGUGUGGGGUGGUAGUCCAGCAAAGUUCCUUCGGAAGCUGACCGAGGAAGAGAUAGCCUUCAUCAGCCAAUCAGCAACCAACUAUAGCAAUCUGGCCCAGGUACAUGCAGCUGAGAAUGCAAAGACAUUUGAUGAAAUCGAGUUUGAGAAGUUGCUCCGCAAGAAGUAUGCCCGUCGGGAUGAAGAUUAUGACUCAAUGCUCGGCGUGGUUCGUGAAGUCCCUCCUGAGUUGAUUCUUCCGGACAAUGUCCUACCGGGCAAAACUGCCAAGGCUUCCCAAUGAGUUGUCAUCUGAGGCAAUCAACCAUAUUUAAUGUGCUGAUUUUGUGGCAUCUGUUUGUUGGUUGUUGAUGUUCUCUGACCAAGAUGGAUUACAUUAUCUUUUUUCCCUUCCAAUAAUUUUUGUGUCGAGCUAUUUAAUCAGUUCGGCCACAAUACUGCUUGGACUCAUUGUUCUACAUAGGUUUUUGCAGGACAAAAUGCUUUGUUUCUCUGUACGGAAAAGAGUAGAUGCUUAUGUUGGAACUGGGAAAAAUAUGUCAAUUUAUGAUUCCAAGGAUCAAUGCAGCAUGGAUUUUUA